AUGUCGACGUCUAUCAAGCGAAAGCGAUCUGAGGACGACGAUGGACAUGAUGAAAAUGAUACUGAACGCAUCAUGCGACCCCCGUUUUGCUCGGAGUGUGGAAAGACUGCCCACGAGGAGAACUGUCAAAAGUGCUGCCCUCACUGUGACAGGUAUCAUGACGACAAGUGCACCGCAUUUUGCAGGAAGUGCGUUGGUAUUGGCCACUCAUGGAAGCAUUGCCAUCUAUUUGUUCCUGACAGCAACCCUCAACGCCGCCGCCGCCGUCGUGGCCAGAAGAUCCCUCCAAGCAUCUAUGUGGGCAAAGUUCAGAUCAUUGUCCCCGUUUUGAAUGCUCGGCCUGUCACUUCCCCGGACAAAUUGAACGCCGACAUCUUGAACCAGCUGAAGGUUGCGCUGGCAGAUCUCCCCCACCAGGGUGUUUCUGUUCUCGCCCGCGUGACCAUGAAAAAUGUCAACAUCACCACCAAUCUGGUCACUCCGAGCCCUGCUAGUGUUGCCGCUGCUGCGCCUGGUGUUAAAGUCGUGCCCAAAGACACUCCCCUGAUGGAGCGAGUUCAAAGGCCUCCAACUGGACCACGCUCGAACGCCUCAGCUCUCCAGCCACAGGUGUCACAGCAAGGAUACGCUGAAGCUUACUUGUCGCAGUAUGAAUUUGCCCAAUCAGGAUACACUCAGCCUGAACAUGGGCCCAGGUCCUUUGGUCAAUCAUCCUUUGGCCCUUCGCCAUUCACCUUCGAGCCUCGUUACGAGUUCCAUCCAAUCCGCAGUUGGCCUUAUACUGGAAACGAGCUCCGCCUCUCCACAAGACUUUAA